AUGCUCAUUCCUCAAAGUGUUCUUGCCAAUGCGCAUGGACUCGUCUUUAUUCGAAUGUAUCGAGGAGGGUUUAUGGUAUCGGCCAAGAAAGGCACGGGAAUUAUCAUUGCACGGUUACCAGAUGGAAGUUGGUCCGCGCCUUCUGGAAUUUCUAUGGGAGCAUUGGGAUUUGGACACCAAGCAGGCGUUGAAGUGAUAGACUCGAUCAUCGUCAUGAACUAUCGAGCUGCAGUCAAGUCAUUUUUCGAUGGCGGAGGUCAACUUCAGCUGGGCGCCAACGUGUCUGUGAGUGCAGGUCCUUUGGGUCGCGCUGCCAAUGUGUCAGCAGCCGCAUCAACGGUGGUGGUAAAUAAACAAAUAUUGACUAGUAGUGCCGUGUUUACAGGGUACUCGUUUGAAGGUUCCAAGAUAUCCGAACGCGUGAACACAAACGCGGCGUUUUACGGAAGAAGUAUUGGUGCACGAGAGAUUUUGACAGGUGGAGUGCCUCGACCUCCUCAAGCUCAGCGGUUGUACGAUAUUUUGGCAUCGCUUGGCGCAGGUCCGCGACCCGGCAUGCCCUUUGCUCCAAAGAAGGGCGCAUCCACAUCCCCGUCAUCGUCAGGAGGUUACCAGCCAGAACCAGUAGCAGCAGCUGCAAGCGACAACAGUAGCAAUGCAGCAGCAACAGCGCCUGGGUACACUGCGUCACCAGGUUACGAGCAUUUUUACGCAAGCGAUACCAAAAAGAAUCCUUCUGGAUUCGAUCAACAGCAAGGAGAGUCCACGGUGGUGGUGGCAAAAUACAACUCUAGUGGCGAACAGCCGGGCGAUCUGACGUUUUCCGAGGGCGAUUAUAUCAUUGUGACUCAACGGAAAGGAGAUCGUCAAGCGUGGUGGGAAGGCGAGAUAGGGACCCGGAAAGGCAUGUUUCCUGCCAAUUAUACCGAAGACGUUUCAUCAUGA